CUAAUAGCUCAAGCUCGCUUUUUGCCAGGUUGGGUUUAAAGGGCCAGCUCCCCGGUAAACCAGCUUUUAAAGAAUCCUUCCCUUGUCGCUACUGUCUGAGAUCGGGGCUUGGUAGCUUAAUAUGGGACCGUGGGGGCGGGGGCGGCGGCGGCAGCUCCUGCUCUUUUGCUGCUUCUUACUCGUAUCGAGGAGCUGUUUUGGGACGCAGAAGGAGAAAGAAGAGGAGGAGGAGCGCCAGCCCAGCAAAUGCGAAGUCUGUAAAAUACUGACCGUGGAGCUUCAAGGGGAGCUGAAUCGGAGCAGCCGGUCUCGGGAAUUGCUAGAACUAGGGCAAGUGCUAGACACUGGAAAGAGGAAGAGACAGAUCCCCUACAGCACUUCGGAAAUUCGGCUGGAGGAAGCCCUGGAGAAUCUGUGUGAACAGAUUCUGGAUUACAGUGUCCAUGCUGAACAUAAGGGAUCCUUAAGAUAUGCCAAGGGUCAGAGUGAGACUAUGGCAACUCUGAAAGGCCUGGUACAGAAAGGUGUGAAGGUGGAUCUGGGAAUCCCUUUGGAAAUGUGGGAUGAACCUAGCGUGGAGGUUUCAUUCCUUAAGAAGCAGUGUGAGCUGAUGUUAGAGAAGUUUGAAGAUGUCAUUGAAGACUGGUACUUUCAUCACCAGGAGUUGCCACUUCAGCAAUUCCUCUGUGAGGGGCAUGUGCUUGCAAAGGAGGAGAAGGACUGUCUUCAGGAAACCUGGACUGAGGAAUGGAGAGAACAGAAAGAGAAAGGCUUGAAAGAGAGCCUAGGGCACCACUCCCAUGAUAGUGUAGAUCUCUGAUCACUUCCUAUUUUUCUAGAUCAGUAUUAAAGCUGAUAUAUAUAUAUAUAUAUACAUAUAUAUCUUCUAAGUAUGAAGGUGAUGUAAUUUUUACAACUGUACCUUUAGCCUAGCCACAUUUGGAAAUUUUGUCCACUAAAUGUGGCUACUGGCUAUGGGAUAAUCUAAGGUUGGAGACAGAAGAAAUGAGUGGAACUCCCAAGAUAUUUUCAGAUUUGCAUCUGUGACACUACCUACCCUGCACCUGUUUUUCAUAAGGAGGUUUACAAGGCUGGUACCAUCUUAGCAGAUAAAUACAUAAAGAUCAAUAGAUUUUAAUGCCUCUUCUGGGUGCUUCAUAAUCAUAAGGUGAUGGGAGGGAGUGGAGAGGGGAGGACAAAUGGCCCAUAGAAGUGGGAAAUGACCAAAAUAUCUAGAGGACCCAGGAAAGAUUCUUUGUAUGUACAAAUGCAGAUUACUAAAGCCAGUGAGCUUUGUUCUAAAUCAGAGGUGCUUAACUUGGGGUCUAUAAAUUUUUUCUUAAUAUUUUGACAAUUUUAAUUUUUAAUAUAAUUAGUAUUUUGUAAUAGUAUAUGUUUUUUUAAUGAAUUUUUAAAAAUAUUCUGAAAUGGGAUCCAUAAACUUUAAAAUCUGCCAAAGAGAUUAGUGACAAAAAUAGUUACCAACCCUUGUCCUAGCAGGUAAGAGGGAAAAGUGGAUUGAAGACUGAAGGGGAAAGCUAAGAGUGUUAAAGAUCCCAUCUUAUUGCAGAAAGGAUAAAUUAAAUGGGGAUAGAAGAGGACCCUAUAAAGGGUUGGAGUUGGGUUGAUCAGAAUGAGUGGCAGAGUUUUAUAAAUAGCCAAUAAUCUACAUGGCUUUUUCUCUCUUCUCUCUUCUGACAAGCACAAGAAGGCCUCACAGUGACUGACAUUUUUGCAAUGGGCAGGUUCCCUGAGCAUACAGAGCUCUCUGAUCAUUACACCUGUAGCUCCUGUUAUUACCUGACCAGAACUUCUGAACUGAGGAGAAACUUUUAUAUCAAUAUUGUUACGUCCUUUUCUCUAGUUCCCCAAACUAGUCUGAGGUAUGAUGUAGUGGUAAGAGCAAAGGUUCUUAAAAACCUCCCUAAGACCCACUUUACUUUCCUCUCAUAGUAAAUGGGAACAAUAAUUCCUGCUUUCUUCACUGAGAGGAUCAAAUAAAAGAUAUGAUCUUAUUUGUAGUAAAAACUACUAGGUCUUGUGUGAUCCUAGCUUCUUAGUAUUUGAUUUACUUUCUGGAUGCUUACAGACCUUUAAAUAUAGGAGCUCUGGAUUUUGGAUGACAUUCCUUGGCCUUUUCCUUUUGAGGUUUCUUUCAGGAGGUGAAAAUUGGAAAUUUCUAUUUCCAAUUUUCACUUUGUCUUCCAAUUCUAAGAGACUUGGACAAUUUUCAUUCAUUAAAUACCCGUUAUUUGCCAAGCACCAAAUAGUGUCAUUGUAAAUAGCCUUGUUUUAUUUCUAUUUUUAUUGUGACACCUUGUUUCUGUAUUUUAUAUAAUACCAUUUCAUCAUUUCAAAAAUAUAUUUUUAUCAUUUUAA